CAGAAUGCUGCAUCAUGGUGAUCACGUGACCAAACAAGUUUCUGGAUUAAAAGUCUGAAUUUGCUAUUCACGAUUGUGUAAUCAAUUUAGCAGCAUAUAGGACUUGAAUGUUAGUUAGAAUCGAGUGCAUGUAUCACAUUAGUAAGUAAGGAAGUGUACAAUGGGCUUGCUAUCCGAAGGAUCGCCUUUAUCAUGGGAAGAAACGAAGAAAUGGUGUGAUCAUGUUAGAAAACAUGGUGUUCAACAAUUUAUUCACCAAUGGAAUAAAUUAAAGGACACAUGUAAGCCAGAGCUGAAAUGGGGAGAUGAAGUAGAAUACAUGUUAGUUGCAUUCAAACAUGAGGAAGAAGAAGCGAAACUUCUGUUAAAGGCUGGGCCUGUGCUAGAUGCGUUACAAGAAAUGGAAAAGACUAAGCCAGAUGACCACCCAACCACAUGGAGACCUGAGUAUGCAGCGUAUAUGGUAGAGGGAACUCCAGGGAAACCAUACGGUGGUCUCUUGGCUCACUUCAAUAAUGUAGAAGCAAAUAUGAGACUGAGGAGAGAGGAGGUCAUCAAGCUACUGAACAAGAAUGAGACUGCACUGAGCUUAACUGCCUUUCCAAGGACUGGAUGUUUGAAUUUUUCCGAGCCUCCGCACAAAGCAACACCAGAGGCAGGUCCUAAAGAGGGCGCCUCAAGAUCACUUUUCUACCCUGAUGAGGUCAUAUUUCAGGGCCACCCACGCUUUAAAACGCUUACAAGGAAUAUUCGUCAUAGGAGAAAGGAAAAGGUCAUCAUAAAUAUACCAGUGUUCAAGGAUACAAAGACAAAAGAGCCAUUUAUAGAAGACUUCAGUGUGUUAGGUGAUGAUGGUGAGGCAGCCAGGGCAGCUAAGCCUGAUCACAUCUACAUGGACUGUAUGGGUUUUGGUAUGGGCUGCUCCUGCCUACAGAUGACAUUCCAGGCGUGUAACAUUGCAGAAGCUAGGAGUUUAUAUGACCAGCUGACACCCUUAACUCCUAUAUUUCUCGCUUUGAGUGCUGCCUCUCCCAUUCAUCGCGGAUUUCUGUCUGAUAUAGAUUGUAGAUGGAACAUAAUAUCAUCAUCUGUUGACUGCAGGACCAGAGAGGAAAGAGGCCUGGAGCCAUUGAAAGAAAACAAGUUUAGGAUUCAGAAAUCACGCUAUGCAUCUACAGACAGUUACCUGUCUCCAUGUGGGGAAAAGUACAAUGAUAUUGAACUGGUGAUGGAUAAGGAUAUAUAUAAAACAUUAAUCAAUGCAGGCAUUGAUCACCUGUUGGCUCAACACAUUGCACAUUUGUUUAUAAGGGACCCUGUUGCUCUAUUUAGUGAGAAGAUACAUCAGAGUGAUACAGAUGAGACAGAUCACUUUGAGAAUCUACAAUCAACCAACUGGCAGACUAUGAGAUUUAAGCCGCCACCCCCAAAUUCUGGUAUAGGAUGGCGUGUAGAGUUCAGACCCGUGGAAGUCCAGCUGACUGACUUUGAAAAUGCUGCAUUUGUUGUAUUCAUCGUCUUGAUGACCAGAGUCAUUCUGUCCUUCAACCUGGAUUUCCUCAUUCCAAUAUCCAAGGUCGAUGAAAAUAUGGAAACAUCACAGAAGAAAGAUGCUGCUGUAAAUGGCAAGUUUUGGUUUAAGAAAGAUCCCUUCACUAGAGAAACACCACCAGAGUGCGCCACCAAAUGUAAGAAUCGUUGUAGAACCGUCAGUGAAUGCAUGGAGGAUGAAUAUCGACUCAUGACGGCAGAUGAGAUAAUCAAUGGCAGUGCUGACUUCCCAGGGUUGGUAGAGUUAAUCAACAUGUACCUCGACAACAACAUUGAAUGUGACGUAGACACCAGGUGUACAAUAUUGCAGUAUGUCAAAUUAAUCAAGGCUAGAGCCUCAGGCGAAUUAAAAACCACGGCUAAAUGGAUGAGAGACUUUGUUACAUCACAUCCAGACUACAAGCAGGACUCCAUAGUCUCAGAGAAAAUCAAUUAUGACCUCAUCAAGCUGGCAGAUCAGAUUACUCGAGGAGAAAAGGAAUGCCCAGAACUUAUAUUCUGUCAUAACACAAGGUCAACUGAUAACAUCCCUCGUGCAAUGGAAAAAUCUGAAGAACAAUUGAUAUCAAAGAAAAAAAUGUCAAAGUCAAAUGGUGUCGAUGUACCCAUAUUAAAUGGAACCACAACAUAG